UCAAAAGGGGACGAUAGAGUCUACCACUUCCCCCGAGUUUUAUAUUUCGCCCGGCUUUCCUUUCCUGGCCAAGAACGAGAAUUGCUUCUCCCAACCCCGUUGCUCUAUUUAUUAUAUAAUAAGAGGUUGGAGAUUUUUUUUUUCUCUCUUUUAAUAAUGCCGGUGGAGAGGUUUUUUGGUUAUUUUUAAUUGCUGUAUAUGGUAUUCCGGGAUGCCGACGCCGGUUAGCAGCGCGCGGCAGUGCCUGGCGGCCGAGGCCGCGGCCACCCUUGACGACGCCGUCGCCGUCGCUCGGCGCCGGGCCCACGCCCAGACCACCUCCCUCCACGUCGUCUAUGCCCUCCUCUCCUCCUCCUCCUCCUCAUCCUCAUCCCCUGGGGGCGCCGCUUCCACUGCUGUUCCCUCCAUCCUCCGAGACGCUCUAUCCCGCGCCCGAAGCUCCGCGUACUCCCCCCGCUUGCAGUUUAAAGCGCUGGAGCUCUGUUUCGGGGUCGCUCUGGAUAGGCUGCCGUCGUCGUCGUCGCACCACCACCAGCAGCAGGCGGCGCUGGCGGAGGAGCCGCCGGUGUCGAACUCGCUGAUGGCGGCCAUCAAGCGGUCGCAGGCUAACCAGCGAAGGAAUCCGGAGACGUUCCACCUCUACCAGCAGCAGCAGCAGCAGCAGCAGGGGUCGUCGUCGUUUUCCGGCGUCAAGGUGGAGCUCCAGCAGCUGGUGCUCGCCAUCCUCGACGACCCGGUCGUUAGCCGGGUCUUCGGGGAGGCCGGGUUCCGGAGCAGCGAUAUCAAGCUCGCCGUCCUCCGUCCCCCGCCGCCCGUCCUCCGAUUUCCCCGCGCCGCCCGCUGCCCCCCGCUCUUCCUGUGCAACUUCUCGGCUGCGGACGACUUGGAUGCGCUUACGCCACGGGGCUUCACUUUCCCCUUCUCCUCCCAGUUUUGCUCCGAUGACAGCGACGGCAAUUGCCGGAGGAUUGGAGAGGUCCUCGCCCGGAGGAGCAGCCGGAAUCCGAUGCUGGUCGGCGUCACUGCUGGCGACGCCGCCCGGGAUUUCGCCCGAGCCGUGGAGCGGAAGAACUGGUCCGUCCUACCUCCGGAGCUGCGCGGUUUGAGGCUCGUUAGCAUCGAGAGGGAGGUGUCGGAGCUCGGGAAGAGCGGUGACGACCGGUCGUGGAUCGGCGCCUGGUUGGAGGAGCUGGGUCGGCAGGCGGAGGAGCCGGGUGUGGUUUUGAGCAUCGGGGAUUUGAAGGGGAUGGUGGAAGGGGGUGAUGAUGCGGGAAAACAAAGCUCUUUGGUUUUGGAGCUGACCAGGGUGCUCGAGCUUCUCCGGGGGAGGCUGUGGGUGAUGGGGUGGUCGGCCACAUACGAGACCUACAUGAAGUUCUUGUCGCGGUAUCCUCUGUUGGACAAAGACUGGGAUUUGCAGCUGCUGCCGAUUACCGCGGAACGACCCGGGAUUGGUGGAUCGCUCCCCAGGCCUCCCAGCUUAAUGGAUUCAUUUGUUCCAUUUGGAGGUUUUUUCCCUACAAUAUAUGAGUCAAAGGGUCUGCUAAGCUGCCAUUACCCGUCAGCACUCCGCUGCCAGCAUUGUAAUGACAAAUGUGAACAAGAUGUUGCUGCUAUUCUGAAGGGACAUUCAGCUUCAGCAGAAGAUCAGCAGUUAAUGGAUGUGCCUUCUUGGAUGCAGAGAGCUAAUGUUUUUAGUAUGAAUGAUGGAUUAGAUGCAUCAAAGGCUAAAGAUGAUAAGACAUUGUUGAAUGUGAAAAUAAUGGAUUUGCAAAAGAAGUGGAAUGAUUAUUGUCAGCGCAUUCACCGGGGAUGCCAGAGGUUUGAGACUGACAGUUUCCAGAUGCUUCCAAACGUUGUUGGUCUUCCAUGCAUUUCUGAUAAGGAGAGAGCCAAUAACCAGAACAGCAAGAAUCAUGAUUUAAAUCGAAACCAAAAAGGUUAUGAAAAUCCAUUUCCUGUGGUAGUGGAUUUACAGAAGAUUGCCCCAGCUAGCCAGAGUUUAUCACUUCCUGUUAUUCCUGAAUCCAAAAAUAGGGACUUAAUAUCUAAACUUCAGGUCAGACUAUCAAAAAGUGAACAGCUUCAGAGAGAGGGAUUCCAGUCUGACCAACGUGCACAAUCAGAUUCGGGCGAUCAUGAUGAUCAUGCUUCACCUUCCUCUGUAACAUCUGUUAGGACAGAUUUGGUUUUAGGAACCCUUCAUGAGCCAGCUUGCAAGGAUGAACACUCCACCAAUCAAAAACACACAAAUCAUUUGGAAGAUUGCUCUGGGUGUUUGCCAUCCAAGAAGGUUGAUGAUUUCAGCCGAAAUGUUCCGGAGGUUUUCAUUCAAUCUCAUUCUUACUCUGCUUGUCCUGAUCUGCUGGCAAACAGUACAUAUCCACUCAUGCACAUUCCCUCAGUUUCAAAGGCUGGUGGUGUACCUGCCUUUGACCAACGAUGUCAGGGUUCAUCCAAUUUGUGUCAGAAGAUUGAUCAAAGUAAUUACAAAUCAUUCUGUACUAGUCUCAUCAAUAAAGUUGGCCGACAGGAAGAAGCCUUGAGUGCUAUUAGUCAAACUAUAGUACGUUGCAGAACAAGUGAUGAAAGGCGGCAUGGUGCAAGCCUAAAAGGAGAUAUCUGGCUCACUUUUCUUGGUCCUGAUAAGGUUGGAAAGAAGAAGGUAGCAGUGGCUCUUGCAGAAUUGAUGUAUGGCAGCAAGGAAAACUUGAUCUGCAUUGAUCUAAGCUACCAAGUUGGUACUAAUUGUCCAACUACCAUCUGCAACCAGCAAGAGGUCAGUGGGUACGAUGAGAUGUUCAGAGGCAAGACAAUCGUGGAUCAUAUUGCUGGGGAGUUGGGCAAGAAGCCAUGGUCCAUUGUUUUCCUUGAAAAUCUGGAUAAAGCUGAUUUGCCAGUUCAGAAGAGCUUAUCCCGGGCUCAUAAAACUGGCAAAUUUCCUGAUUCUCAUGGAAGGGAAUUUCGUAUCAGCAACACCAUUUUUGUGAUAACUGCAACAAAGGCUCGAGCUAAGGCCUUUUCCCCAAGGACAGAUUCUAUUAAAUUCUCAGAGGAAAGGAUUCUUGCAGCUCAGGGAUGGCAGAUGAAGAUUUUGAUACAGCCUGUUUCAGAGGCUGCCAGCAGCAAUCCAAAUGUUAAUGUGCUGAUUGCUUCAAGGCAAAAGUCUAGGAAUAAGCAAGCAUCUUUAUCCUCAGUUUUUGUAAGUAAACGCAAGCUGGAUGUUGCUGAUGACUUCAAAGAGCACCAUGAAUCUUUGGGGACUGCAAAACGGGCACAUAAGACGUCAAACACAUUCCUAGACUUGAAUCUGCCUGUAGACGAGGUUGAGGCAAAUGACAUGGAUAACAGCAGCAGCCAUGAGAACAGCUCUACAUCAGAUAAUACAGCAGCAUGGGUGGAAGAUUUCUUCAACUCGGUGGAUGCAACUGUGAACUUUAAGCCUUACGAUUUUGAUGCCCUUGCUGAUAAUAUAUUAAGGGAAAUCAGUAAGAGCUUCCAUGACAAAAUUGGCUCUGAGUGUAUGCUGGAGAUUGAUGUGAAGGUAAUGGAGCAGAUACUUGCAGCCGCAUGGCUAUUGGAAGACAGAGGAGCUCUGAAUGUUUGGUUUGAGCAAGUACUCGGCAGGAGCUUCACUGAGUUGAGGGAAAAGUACAAGCUCUCGACUCGAACCAUUCUUAGACUUGUUGCUUGUGAGGAUGUGUUUGUUAAGGAGCAUGCACCUGGAGUCCUCCUUCCCUCAAGAAUUUGUCUAAAUUGACAAUUUAAAGAUUGCUGUAAUUAUAUGCAUAAUGUAGUAUCUGGCAUUCCUCUGUGAAAUAAUUGUAGUCGUGUUAAUCUCCUUAUUUUUCCCUAGUUUUUUCGGUCUAGUGUUUGUAAAUGUUACCUUUUCCAGUUUGCAAAUCUGGUGGUUCCAUUUGAUGUCUUGAGUCAGCAGGACCUCGUCUUUUAUUUUCUUUUGCUCUGAAAUGAUUAUAAUAGUGGCAAUCCAAUUAUAUUUUCCUAAA